AUGGGGGCGGUGGCGGCUUGGAUUGAGCGGCUACUAUCCGCAACACGCGGCCGGUUAUGCCUCCGUCCGCCUCGCGCUGCCGCGCGCCUCUCCACGCCCACAAUUCAUUCCCUCCCCCUCACCCGCUCGGCCGCGGUCUCUCUCCUCUCCGAGCCCUCUCCUCCUCCCUCUCCUCCAUUCCUCGCCCCUUGCUCCUCUCUCUCCGACUCUCCCCCUCCUCUUCCCAUCUUGCCUCCUCAUCCUCUCUACCUCUCUGCCCCCCAUCUCGUCCUCCAUCGGCCGCCGCGAUGCUUCGUCACGCAUCCUCUCUCGCCCUCCUCUCCCGCCCAUGUCCUCUUCCUCGCCGCCUCCCCCUCCCCCUCCGCCUCCGUCCUCCUCCGCGCCUGGUCCCUCCCCUCCCGCGCCUCGGCCUUCGCCCCCGCCUCGCUCGCCCUCAACCCCCGUGCCCCCGCCGCUCCCGCGGCGCGGGGCCUCGCCGUCGACGCCCUCCCCUUCGGCCUCGGCGUCCGCCUCGCCGGAUCCGUCAACGCCGUCGCCCUCCACUCCCUCGCCGCCGCCCAGAUCUGGAUCCUCGCCGCGCGGACCUCAGAGGCCGCGGCCGUUGUCGAGCUGAGCAAGUGCGCGGUGAUCGAAUUAUCGACCCCGAUCUACGCGAUGGCGGCGGCGAUGGGGUGCUUGAUCCUCGGUGAGGUCGGCCGGGUUAGGGCUUUCCCGCUGAGGCCGCUGAUCAAGGGUCGGGCCGCGAAGAAGGGUGGGGGUUUGUCGUCGGGGCAGGGAAAUGGAGAUUCUUGCAAGAAAAAGGGCGUCUUGAAUGGGGUGGUGGUGGUUCCAACGAGCCGCAGGAAGAGGGGCGAAGCACGGUCUUUUGUAGCUGGGAGAGGUUCAGAAUUGCGGGAUGGAUGCAGAUGCAAUGGUGAAGUAGAAGGUCGUGUUGAGGGAGAGCUUACUCCUAUUAAGCUCAAGAUGUUGCGAAUCAAACAGAAUUCAGAAAAUUCAUACUCAUUCCUCGUGGCAAUGAAUUGCGCUAGUGUCCAAAAGCAAAAAAAUGGUACGGGAGUUCUGGCAUCUGCAAAAGCAGUUUCUGUCCAUGCACUAUCAAAGAACAAAUUUUUGAUACUGGAUUCUGUUGGAGAUUUGCACGUUCUAAGUCUGCGUAAUAAGGCUGUGCCAUCAGGCAUCACAGAUCAGUGCUCCCUAACUUCCAAAGAAGCUCAUACAUAUCGUUUGGAUCAUCCCAUGAAAAUUCAACUAUUGGCUGUUCUUCCCAAUACCUCUGCAAAGACGCAAGUGGUUUGGGUAUCAGAUGGUGCGCAUACAGUGCAUAUGAUGUCAUUAUCUGAUAUUGAAUAUUCUGUUGGUGGAAAUGUAGAAGAAGAAAGAAAGUCGACAAUGAUUCAGAUCUCAGCUAUUGAAGCAAUCUUUGUGAGCGAAAAGGUGCGGGACAUUGUUCCUAUAUCAUCAAAUGCAGUUCUAGUUCUUGGUCAAGGAAAUAUAUUUGUGUAUGGUACUGCUUGAAGCUAAUGAUCUUCGUAAUCUUAUGUGGUGGGAUUCCAAGUGAGACCAGCUUAGAACUCGAUGGUGUUGUAUACAUUCAUGAGUUGAAGUUUUGGACUGGUUUCUGAUGAGAGGGGUUUUGCAGUGUUAAUGAAGAUUAUUUUUACUAACCUAUCCUUGAAGUCAUGAGCUGCAUUAGUCUUUUCAGUUUCAGUGGCCGCCAAAGCUUUAUGACUUCAAAGGCACUCAAAAAGAGCUUAAAGGUGGAGGCCAAGUAAACAUGCGAGGACUAUGAGAAGACAUUUUUGGGCCGACUUACUGUUUCAAUGUCGAUGUGGUUGUCGGUCACUCCGAGAAGCUUAUUACCGCAUCCAUUCGAGGAGCUUGCUCAAGUUGCGGUUGCUAUCAAGUUAAUUCGGUCCGAAAAUAGAAAUCUCUCUUGGUGCUUGGUAUGACCUAUAAUCCAAUUACGCGGUUAUCGCCGCUCUCUUUAAGAGCUCGAUGAGUCUACUACUUCACAUAGUUUUAUGCUCAAGAGACUUCUAUUAUGACGAGGUGUCACCUUACCUAUGCUUUCUUCCCGUGGUGCUUUGAAUUUGGACAUUACGUUUUAAAUGAACAUGUGAAUGCAAAAAAAUAUGACACAGUUAACCGAGCGUUUCUUUUGCA